AUGGACAUUCUUGGCACAGUGGAUCCUGCAAAUGUUCACUAUAUCACGAGUGCAAAUUUUCCAAAUUUUACUAAAGGGCCAGAAUUCAAGAAGAUUUUCCACAUUUUUGGCGAUGGAAUCUUCAAUUCCGACUUUGAUUCGUGGAAGGAUCAGAGGAAACUCGCUAAAGAAAUGAUCGCUCAUCAGAGAUUCCACAAGUGUUUGAUACAAACCAGCUGGGACAAGGUCGAAAAAGGCCUGAUUCCGGUCCUCGAGUUCAUGGCCGAAGAAGGUAGAGUUGUUGAUUUGCAAGAUGUUUUCAAGAGAUUCACAUUUGAUACAACAUUUAAAUUAGUAAUGGGCUUUGAUCCUGGCUGCCUCUCUCCUGACCUCCCUGACACUCCCUUCUCAAAAGCCAUGGAUGAUGUUAAUUAUGUCUGGUUCAUACGCCAUAUAUUGCCGGAAAGCAUCUGGAAGUUGCAAAAAUGGCUUGGAAUUGGGCCAGAGAUGAAACUUGUCAAAGCAGAGGAACUCAUCAACCAAAUUAUAUUUAAGUAUAUAUCGAUGAAACGUGACGAAUUGAGCAGAGGAAAAAAAAUGAAGGAAGACGAAGAUGGUUUCAACUUAUUAACAUCAUACAUGGUACCCAAUGACGGAGAAACAAAAAGAGAGUUGAAGUUUGAUGAUAAGUUUUUGCGGGACACCAUGUUUAAUUUCAUGGUCGCGGGGCGCGAUGGAAUUAGUGCUUGCCUUACUUGGUUCAUUUGGCUAGUUUUCACACGCCCUGAGGUUGAAAAGAACAUAAGGGAAGAACUUAUGGCGAUCAUCCCGGAGAAAGAAGGUGGAAAACAGAGGGCUUUUACGGUGGAAGAGUUGAAAAAUGUUGUUUAUUUACAUGCUGCAUUGUGUGAAACGCUGAGGCUAUAUCCCCCUGUUGCGUUCGAGCGCAAGACUCCACAAGAACCUGAUAUUCUCCCAAGUGGUCAUCGUGUUCAUCCCAAGCUGAGAGUGAUAUUUAAUAUGUACGCAAUGGGGAGGAUGGAAUUCAUUUGGGGAAAGGAUGCCUUAGAAUUCAAGCCAGAGAGAUGGAUUACGGAUCGUGGAACAGUGAAACAUGAACCGUCUUCCAAGUUCUUGAUUUUCAAUGCAGGUCCAAGGACUUGUAUUGGGAAAGAAGUGGCUUUUACCCAAAUGAAAAUUGUGGCUGCUGCUAUCAUCCAUAAUUACAAGAUUGAAAUGGUGAAAGGGCAUGUGGUUUGCCCCAAUUUCGAUAUUAUGCUUUACAUGAAACAUGGCUUCAGAGUCAGGAUUAAGAGGAGGUGGGCAUAG